UUCCAUGUGGUUCUAGAAAAUACCGACUGCUAUAGACUGCUAGGAGGCUAGGGCACCUUGCGACCAACGUGUUGGGAAUCGAGGAAGACAGCGGCUUAUCACAACAAUGGCUCAAGCAUUCAAGAAAUUCAUCCCUAUGUUUGAUCGUGUACUUGUCCAGAGGUUUUUACCAGAGUUGAAAACUAAAGGAGGAAUUAUGAUUCCCGAAAAGGCUCAAGGGAAGGUUGUGGAGGCCACUGUUGUUGCUGUUGGACAAGGGGCCAGAGCAGAGAAUGGUACUGUCGUUCCACCAAGUGUCAAAGUUGGGGACAAAGUGUUGCUUCCUGAAUACGGGGGCACUAAAGUUGUGCUCGACCAAGAGGAUUACUUCUUGUUCCGAGAUGGAGACCUCCUUGGCAAAUUUGACAGCUAAACCUCAGGAACUUUGUUGGAAUGUUAUGUGGGUGCUUGACUGAGUGUGUUUUUGUAAUGAUCUGAUAGUGGAAGAAUGCACUGAAAGUAUGACUUUUCAUUUUACAUUAUAUUAUAAUCAGUAUGAUACAGGACCUGAUGCCAUUUCAUGUUUUUGAUAUUUGAUAUCAACAGGACUCAGUGUGAUUGUGAUGGUGCAUUUAGAAAAUUUUCCAGACUAUGUGCGUUGUAUGUUGUUGUGUGAUAAUGAUAUGACGUAUGAUUUCAUUUCAGUUUCAUCUAUAGUCAUAGAAUAUUAUUGCUUUUUCAUGUUCAAAAUAAAACAGUAAAAAUGAAAA